UUGAAAAAUGUGUUGAUUUGUUUUAAAUAUACCAUGAAAAGCACAAAUAAAGAAAAAUGGUGAAAGAAAAUAUAUAUAAAAGAGAGACAAACAAAAUUGUCAUGAGAAGAUUCCCUAGACAUUGGUAUCUUUGAAAUCCAUGAAUUCACCAUGACAUUAGACUACUUGGCAUGAGCAAAACUCUCGUAUUUUUAGUUGUCCUCAUUUCUACUACAUUUUUAUUUCUCACUUGGUGUGAGUUGAGUCCCUUUUUUUGGUAAUUGUGGUCUUUCUAAUCUUACGACAAAUUGGAGAAUUUUUUUGUAAUCCAUUGCUAGGAACUCCCCUUCUUAAUUUUAUCUCAUCUUUUAUGAUGCCUAUCGAAGAAAAAGAAAGAAAAAACAAAUAGGAUUCAAGACGACAUCAAAAGGUCCUUACAUGCCUCCCAUAUGGUCAUCCUAAGUUGUUUAGGUACACUACAUGCUUGUCAAACAAAUGCAAGAAUCUAGAUACUUGUCCUAUGAGAUUUUUAGCUCCCCACCAAACAAAUGACAGCGUAGAUUUUGGUUGUUUACAUUGCUAGUGGAUGUUAAUAGAGUUGAAUUUGGAGGUUUGCUAGAGUUUUAUUUGUUUUUCUUUCUUUUUUCGUGGGUUUUAAUUACUGGUAAACCCAAAGGUUUGAAUGGGUAGAUUUGAGUAAACUUAAUCUUUGUUAACACUCCCUCUCAUGUGUGGACUUGAGUCUCAUUUUACUUGACUGAAGUCAUCCUUCUUGUAACUUACUUCCUUGACUAACUCUGUGAGAAACAAGAUGAUUUGAGGAACUAAGACUAGAAGAGUUUGAACGUAUGACCUCUUACUUUGAUACAAACUUUGUUUGUGAAUACAUUAUACAUCUUAUUCCAAGAUUAGAAUGUCAUACAAGGUUUUCUUAUAGAAAAGAUAUGUCAGACAAUGGUUAUAAUGUUCAUUAUGUUUGAAGAGAUCUCGGUUUUAUCAUCUACAAAGAAAAAUGUUUAGUCUUGAGAAUAAUUUCAAUGCUCGGAAGUGGAGGGCUGGGCUCAUCAGCUUGGUUGUGAAGUCGUCUAUUCUCUUAGAUUAGGUAUUGAAUGAUAUGUCAAGAGAGGAGGGUGGUUCCAAGUCCCUUGAAUACUUGCCUGAAUAAUCUCAUUUUUCAAUUAUUCAACCCUUUCAUUUUACCAAGUUCAAUGUUAGUCAGAUUAGUCAACAUUUCUAUGUUUCGAUGCAACAACAAGAUGUUAUUUGUAACAAGUAGUUUUGUUGGUUGGUUAAUUGGUCACAUUUUAUUCAUGAAAUGGGUUGGAUUGAUAUUAGUCUGGAUACAGCAAAAUAAUUCUAUUAGAUCUAAUAAGUACCUUGUGUCAGAAUUCAGAAAUUCUAUGGCUCGAAUCUUUAGUAUUCUCUUAUUUAUUACCUGUGUCUACUAUUUAGGCAGAAUACCGUCACCCAUUCUUACUAAGAAACUGAAAGAAACGGAGGGGACUAAACAGGAACAAGAGGGAUCCACCGAAGAAGAUACUUCUCCUUCCCUUUUUUCGGAAGAAAAGGAGGAUCCGGACAAAAUCGAUGAAACGGAAGAGAUCCGAGUGAAUGGAAAGGAAAAAACAAAGGAUGAAUUCCACUUUAAAAGGACACGCUAUCAAAAGAUAAAAAGACCUGUUUAUGAAACUUCUUACCCUCCGGAUGGAAAUAAAGAAAAUGACAAAAUGCUGUUAGAUUUAGAUACAGACGAAAAAGAUCUCUUCUGGUUUGAAAAACCUCUUGUGACUAUUCUUUUCGACUAUAAACGAUGGAAUCGUCCACUUCGAUAUAUAAAAAAUAACAGGUUAGAAAAUGCUGUUAGAACUGAAAUGGCACAAUAUUUUUUUUAUACAUGCCAAAGUGACGGAAAAGACAGAAUAGUUUUUACAUAUCCACCCAGUCUAUCAACUUUUUUGGAAAUGAUACAAAAAAAGAUAUCUUUGGUCACAACAGAAAAACUUUUUUCUGAUGAAUUGGAUAAUUCUUGGAAUUAUCUGAAUGAACAAAAAAAAAUAAAUUUAAACAAAAAAUUGAUAAAUAGAAUAGAAAUUCUGGAUAAGGGAUCCCCAGCUAGAGUAGGGGAUGUACUGGAAAAAAGGACUCAAUUAUGUAAUGAUGAAACUGAAAACGACUAUUUACCAAAAACAUAUGAUCCUUUGUUGAGCGGACCUUACCGCAGACGAAUCAAUUUUUUUUCAUUCUCAAUGAUAAAUGAAACUUCUAGAAAAAAUGAUAGUGAGAACGUUUGGACAAAUAAGAUUCAUACUAUCUUUCUUAAUACUAAUUAUCCACAAAUUGAAGAUAAAAUUGAGUCAGAAGAUCGAAUAAAAUAUUUCAAAUUUUUAUUAGAUGCAAUUAUAACUCCUGACAACGAUAAAGCAAGUCCUCAAAACUCGAUUGGACUAAGAGAAAUCCAUAAAGAAGUUCCUCGAUGGUCAUACAAAUUAAUCAACGAGUUAGAACGCCGGGAGAAAGAAGAAGAACAAGAAAAAGAAGACGAAGAAGACAAAGACGAAGAAGACGAAGAAGACAAAGACGAAGAAGACGAAGAAGAGAAAAAAAAGCCGACGCAAGAUCAUCAAAUUCGUUCAAGAAAAGCCAAACGUGUCGUAAUUUUUACCGACAAUCUAAACUCUGAAGAUCAAAUCACAAAUCAAGAUAUUGAUAUCACAAACCAAGAUAUUGAUAUCACAAAUACUGAUGAUUCUGACGAAUCAUCAGACGAAAUUGUUUUGCUACGGUAUUCCCAACUAUCGGAUUUUCGUCGAGACGUAAUUAAAGGCUCUAUGCGUUGUCAAAGACGUAAAACAGGUAUUUGGAAACCGCUUCAAGCAAAUGUACGUUCUUAUCUUUUUUUUGACAGACAAGCCAAAGAUGUUUUGUCUUCUUUUGAUAUUCCCGGAAUAAUAAAAACGCUUUUUAGACCUUGGAUAUGGAAAAACACAGAAUUGACUAUUUCGGAUAAUACACAGGAAAAGCCAGAUGAAAAUGAAAUAAAAGCGGUGAUGAUAAGAAGAGCCAAGGAGGAAGAGAAACAAACAUGUAUAGAAAGAUCAGAAACCUGGGAUAAGGCACUACUUGGUCAAGUAAUAAGAGGUUGUUUGUUAGUAACUCACUCAUUUAUUAGAAAAUAUAUUGUGAUACCCUCAUUGAUAAUAGCUAAAAAUAUUAUCCGUAUACUAUUAUUUGAAGGUACUGACUGGUACAAGGAUUGGAAAAAUUCCAAGAACGAAAUACAUAUAAAAUGCACCUAUAAUGGUGUUCAAUUAUCAGAAACAGAAUUUCCACAAAAUUGGUUAACAGAGGGUAUUCAAAUAAAGAUCUUAUUUCCUUUUCGUGUGAAAGCGCGCGACAUAUUUAGGUUACCUAAUAAAAAUUCAAUAAAAAAGAACGAAAAAAAAAAUGAUUUUGCUUUUUUAACAGUUUUUGGAGAGGAAGCUGAAAUGCCUUUUGGUUCUCCCCGAAAAGACGGUUCGUUUUUUGAACCGGGUUUAAUAACAAAAGUCGAAAAACAAAUUAAAAAAAGGACUCGAAGAGUUUUAAAAAAAAGACUAAACGUGUUUAUAAAUAUAUUAAACGAAACAAAAAAACGGGUCAUCAAAAACCUUUCACAAAGAAACCCAACUCGAUUAGUUGAAUUGAAAGAAAUAUCCGAGUUGAAUGAAGAAAAAAAUUUGAUAAUACGUAAUCGAAUGAUCCAAGACUCGUCCAUUAUAAUUCAAUCUAUGGAUCGGAGAACUUUUUCGUUGAUAGAAACAACGAUCAAAGAUCGGACUGAUAGAACAAACACCAUACUAAAACAAAUUGAAAAAAUUAGAAAAGACACGAAAAACGCGAUUCUAAAGCUAGAACUAAAUAUUAGUCCUAACAAAAUAAGUGAUAUAUUAGAAUCUCCGAAAAAUCUUUUAAAGAUAUUAAAAAAAAGAAAUGUACGAUUAAUUCGUAAAUCGCAUCAUUUUCUAAAAUUUUUCGUUGAAAACAUAUACAUAGCUAUCUUUCAACGUAUUAUGAAUAUCCCGAGGAUUAAUGGUCAACUUUUUAUUGAUUCAAUAAAAAAAAAAAUGACUAAAUCCAUUUCCAAUAAUGAAGCAAAUGAAGAAAGAAUUGAUAAAACAAAUCAAAGUUUCAUUUACUUUAUUUCAACUAUAAAAAAGUCACUUUCCAAUAUUAGUAAUAAGAAUAGAAAGGUCUUUGGGGACUUAUCAUACUUGUCACAAGCAUAUUUAUUUUACAAAUUAUCACAAACCCAACUUAUUAACUUAUCUAAGUUAAGACCUGUGUUUCAAUAUCACGGAACAUCUCUUUUUCUUAAAAAUGAAAUACAGGAUUAUUUUGGUAAAGUUGUUGGAGCACACGAAAUAUUCCAUCCCGACUUAAAACAAAAGAAUCUUCAAAAUUCUGCAAUGAUGAAUGAAUGGAAAAACUGGUUAAGGGGUCAUUAUCACUAUGAUUUAUAUCCAAUUAGAUGGGAAAAAUUAUUCCCACAAAAAUGGCGAAAUAGAGUAAAGAAAGAUCGUAUGGUCAAAAAUAAAGAUUUUAAACAAUGUUAUUCAUAUGAACAAAACAGAUUAAUUGAUUACAAAAAACAAAAUGAUUUUGAAACCCGCUACUCAUUACCAAAUAAAAACGAUAAUAUUCUAAAAAAAUAUAUAUAUGAUCUUUUAUCAUAUAAAUCCAUUAAUUAUGAAGAUAAUAAAGAUUCAUCUAUUUAUGAAUUAACAGUGCAAGUAAAAAAUAAUCAAGAAAGUUCGUCUAAGUACAACACAGAUAAAUGGAAAUUUUUUGAUAUACUAACGGAUAUCCCUAUCAAUAAUUAUCUAAUAGAUAAUUAUAUUAUAGAUCGGGAAAAAAAUCUGGAUAGAAAAUAUUUUGAUUGGAGAAUGCUGCAUUUUGGUCUUAAAAAUAAGGCCGAUAUUAGAGCCUGGAUCAAUAUUGAAACUGACACAAACAGUAAUCAAAAUACUAAAACUGGGGGUAAUAGUUUUCAACUAAUUGAAAAAAUCGAUAAGAAAGAUUUUUCUUAUCUCACAAUGAAUCAAGAAAUCAACCCAUUGAACAAUAAAAAAAAAAUCUUUUUUGUUUUUGAUUGGAUGAGAAUGAAUGAAGAAAUACUAAGUCGUUCCAUAUCGAAUCUGGAACUUUGGUUCUUUCCAGAAUUUUUGAUACUUUAUAAUGCAUAUAAGAUUAAUCCGUGGAUCAUACCAAUCAAAUCACUUCUUUUAAAUUUGAAUAAAAAUUUCAUUAUUAGUCAAAAUGAAAAACUAAUUGGAAAGAAAAAAGGAUCUCCUUUAAUAUCAGCGAAGAAAAAACCUCUUUUUUUAGAAAAUGGAAAUAAAGGAAAAAAGGAAGUUGUGGACGAAAAGAAUCGUGACUCAGUUUUAUCAAACCAAAAAAAAGAUCUUGAAAAAGAUUCCGCGGAAGCAGAUGUGAAAAAACGUAGAAAGAAAAAAAAAUCCAAGAAAAACAUGGAAGCCCUGUUUGAUUCCUUCGUAAACAACUAUUUUAUUUUUCAAUUGAGAUGGGAGAAUUCCUUAACUGGCAAACUGAUGAAUAACAUCAACGUAUAUUGUCUCCUGCUUAGACUGAUAAAUCCCAUAAAAAUUACUAUAUCCUCUAUCGAAAGAGGAGAAAUAAAUCUGGAGAUGCUGAUAGUUCCCAAGCAGUUCCAGUUUCAUAAAGAAUUCUUAAAAGGGGGAAUAUUUAUUAUCGAACCUGUUCGUCUGUCUGUAGAAAAUGAUGGACAAUUUAUUAUGUCUCAAACCAUAGGUAUUUCAUUAGUUCAUAAGAAUAAGUACCAAAUUAAUCAAAGAUAUCAAGAAAAAGGCUAUCCUUAUAAGAAGAGUUUUGCUGAAUCCAUUGCAAUACAUCAAAAAACGAAUGAAAAUAGAACCAGCAAUCAUUAUGAUUUGCUUGUUCCGGAAAAUAUCUUAUCCCCUAGAGGUCGUAGAGAGUUCAGAAUUCUAAUUUGUUUCAAUUCUGGGAAUAGAAAUGAUAUCCAUAGAAAUACAGGAUUUUACAAUGCAAAUAAGGUAAAAACUCAUGAUCAAGUUUUAGAUAAAAGAAGCAAACAUCUUGAUAGAUAUAAAAAUAAACUAAAUAAAUUCAAGUUCUUUUUGUGGCCCAAUUAUCGAUUAGAAGAUUUAGCUUGUAUGAAUCGUUAUUGGUUUGAUACCAAUAAUAGCAGUCGUUUUAGUAUGCUAAGGAUCCAUAUGUAUCCACAAUUGAAAAUUCGUUAAUGCUACAUUUUUCCUAUAUUGGCCGUACCUUAUAUGGUAUAUGAAGACAAAGAAAUACACAUAUGGCACUGUCUUAGAUUCUGAUAGAUGAUAUUAAUUUAAUUCAAUGGCGUCUCUAUUCGAUUUAGAAAUGAAUCAAUAAAAUAUUCUUAUUUCAUUUUUAAUUGAAGUUUUAAGUAUAAAUAUUUUUUGUGCGUGCAGAAAUAUACCAGCCUUUUGUAUACCUAUCUGAAUCCAAUUUUUUCAAAUUGGAUUGCAAAAUUUUAUUAAAAAAAAAAAAAGAAUAGAAAUUCGUAAUCAAAUUAAGAUUAUUGUGUAUAUCAAAUUAAAAUUAGUAACAUUAUUAUUACUGAUCAAUAAUAAUUUAUAAAACAAUAAAAAAAGGAGGCUAAGGAGAUUUCAUUUUAUGGUAAAAAA